AUGAAGCUUUCUCCCAGCAAGCUGGCCUUGUUGUCAGUCGGCCUAGCCCAUUGGGCGUCUGCCCGUGUGGUCCAGUUCCAGAUUGAUCUGACCUACGAAGAUCAUGAGGUUGCUGGAUUUGUGCGCAAGACGAUUCUCAGCAAUGGGCAAUUCCCUGGUCCACACCUCCAAUUGAAGCAGGGCGACGAGGUGGAGUUUCUGGUGAACAACUCGAUGCCUAUGGCGACCACUGUUCAUUUCCACGGUGUUGGGCAGCUUGGCACGCCAUGGUCGGACGGUGUGCCAGGAUUAACCCAGGAGCUCAUUCAGCCCGGGGAGCAGUAUCUGUACACGUGGACGGCCAAUGAUUAUGGUACCUAUAUCUAUCACUCCCACUCCAGAGCUCUGCUGGAUGAUGGUUUGUAUGGCUCAAUCUACAUUGAGCCUGCGGAGUCCGUGGAAAGACCGUUCGAUUUGAUCGCCGAGAAUCCAGACGAAUUGCAGGCAAUGCUGGACGCGGAGCAGAAUACGCAGCCGAUCUUGCUAUCGGACUGGAAGCACUUCGACUCGACUGAGGUCCUGCAACUGGAGAAAGACUCUGGGGUGGAGAACGUCUGUACCAGUGCCGUUCUGGUCAACGGCAAGGGUUCCGUGUUUUGCCCUCCUCAAGAGCAUAUCAAUGCGAUCACAACACCUGCCCAAAAAGCUCUCGUGGGUAAUGGAACUUUGACUGAUAUGGGUUCUAUCGCGGAAUCAUUCCCGAUCGAUCCUAGCAAGCUGCCAGAUGGUUACUAUAAAGGCUGCAUGGCUAGCGAGGGGCCUACCGAGGUCCUAAGCGUGACCGCUGGGUAUCAGAGUUACGAUUUAAUCAGCAUGGGUGGAGUGACUGCCCUCGUUUUCUCCAUCGAUGAGCACCCCAUGUACGUGUACGCGGUGGACGGCCGCUAUGUUGAGCCCAUGCUGGUCGAUGCCAUCAAUAUCCCUAUCGGAUCACGAUACUCGAUUCUAGUCAAGUUGGAUCGGCCCGCUGCAGACUACACUGUCCGUGUUGCCAACAGCUACACAACUCAAGCCAUCAAUGGCACGGCUGUCCUGUCUUACGAAAAGCAGGGAUCCAGCGGAUCUGGAGGCUCGAGCAGUCCCUCCCAGCCAUACAUCACCGAGGUUGGGAGCAAUGCCACUGCCAGCACGGUCUUCCUGAACGAGACCAACGUGGUUCCUUUUCCUGCGGUAGCACCCGCUGUCAACGUUGAUCGCACAUAUUUUAUCGAUAUUGAACCAUACAACUCAUCCUACACCUGGAAAAUGCACAAUGCCAGUUACGCAUCAUCGAAUGAGCAGCUAUUCCCGGUGCUAUACAACCGCAGCUCGAUCCCAGCGCAGUAUACUGUGUCCACACUGAACGAUACCUGGGUGGAUCUCAUUAUCAACAUAACGACUGCCGGUCAGCCAAAUCAUCCUAUUCAUAAACAUUCCAACAAGUACUUCGUUAUCGGAUCGGGCCAAGAGGCAUUCACCUACUCGUCAGUGGCAGAAGCCAUGCAAUAUAUCCCGCAGAACUUCAAUCUGGACGCGCCUCAGAUGCGAGACACUUUCUUCUCGCCCGCCUCCGCGACGGGCCCUACCUGGUUGGCUUUGAGAUACCAUGUGGUCAACCCUGGCCCUUUCCUGAUGCAUUGCCAUUUGCAGAUGCAUCAGAAUGGAGGCAUGGCGAUAGCAUUGCUGGAUGGAGUGAACGCUUGGCCCAACACAACUGAGCAUCGAAUGCCAGUGAAGGCUACCCCAUGA